GCAAAGGAGGCGCGCGCAUUGUCAAGCCCGACUCUCCGACUGCGUCUCUUCUCCCUCCCCUUCUCUGCGGCUGCAUCGGAGACGUAGCAGGUUCAUUGCGAGCUUGUAGCGCUACCAACCACGCAGCAGCACUGCAAUCAUGUGGAGACGAGCGGUGCUCGUGGUGUUUUGUCUGGCGGGUUGCGCGCUAGCCAACCGUCAGUUCAUUGAAUCUCAGGGCUGCGUAAUCGGUGAAGUUCCUGCAGGAGAAAGUGGUUCCCGGACCUACCACUUUCCUGAGAUAAGCCUUGGCGUUGUGAACUGCACAGCCCCUGCAGAGUCCCGGUGCAACCAGUCCAUAGACAACAACCGUUUGCAGGGGCGUUCAUGGUUCAUCUCCCAGGACAAAGCCUAUUUCGGGCAAGGGUACAAUCAUAACUUUUUUCAAGUCUACAAUCUUGAGUGCCCUGCUGGUCAUUACCUUAACCUGGGCUUCCAAGGAGACUAUGCGCUGUUUUGUCCCAGGGACAUGGUGACAGUCAACACCACACGUUACGGGUUCACUGGUGCUAUCUGUACAGGCGUAGAGAAAGAAGUUUCUUACCUGAAUCGUCCCGGAGGCGUCAUCUUGGAGGAUGCAAGUGCAAAAAUUGACUUUUGCAGCGAUCAAAGUGGCAUGGCUUCAGGUUUCACCAUUCGUGGAACCUGCAUCAACCCUGAGAUAGCCUACAACCAGCCAGGCUGUGUCUCUUACGACUUCUUCCGUGCGUGGGACCCUGAGUUUGUGGACUCCGUCUUUCAAGAAUUUGAUAUUGUUCCAACUACCAUGGUUCCCCACAAGAGAAGUGCUGCAGAACACUUGAAAUCAUUCGAAAGUAUUCGUGACAAAGUUGACGAGUUGAGGGAACUUGCAAGAGAGGAGAGUGAGAGGAUCGAGAACAUGAAGGUGGAGAAGAACGUAAGAGAGAAGAGAGGUGUGCGCUACAACUUCAACUUCCCAGCAGGAACUACAAUCACAUACAUUGAAAAUGUGCUUACAUUCUCAUUUCCUAACGGAACUGUGAGAACCUUCCCUGCCUACUACCUGGCAGCGUCCAAUGACCUCUACGGCACGCGUGUGUACAUCAGGAAUGCGACCAGGCAAAUCGGAGACACAACUGGAGGCACCACUAUAACCUUUACUGGACCUGGCCGUGUUGAUAUUUUCCCGAACCGCGCCAGAACUUCCAUCAAUGCCUACCUAAUAUGGACUCCACCGAUGCCAUUUGACGAUUUUGUGAGUUAUUCAAGUACGUAAAUGAUGACAUAGAGGGA